GUGUGAGUCUCGCCAAUCAUGAAAUAGCUGUGUCGUCAUUAGAACCCGUGCAGUUGCUCUUGAGAAAAUGCGCUCGGCUACACAGCCGGCUGUUCUCGAAUCGAUUUCACAAUACUUUGAUGGAUACGUCACAGUGACCUAGCCUCAACGCUGUCUCAAGUCGGACAAAAAGUCUAACCAGAAUUCACUGCUUCAAGUCAGCCGGCUGCAGCCGGCUACGGCGCUGCAUGAAGUUGAACACACCUCUUCGUACCCAGAAUGCCCCGCGGCAAGCUGAAAAGCUACUAAGUUAAGGGCAUUAGCUUAGUUAAAUAAGCAUUGUUUGGAGUUCUAUUGUUGUGUUUGUUCUGUUUUGAUAUGUGUAAUGCUAUGGUCUGUAGUUUAGAUAAUUUGAGUGUUCACCCUGAUUGGGAAUGUUGUCUAGUUAAAUAGCUAUCCAAGCUGUCCACUGGUGCAGUAGUGUUGGGUAAUCUGGAUCUUGUACAUGAGCCGGGUUGUUUGGCUCAACUCACUGAAAAGAGCAAGUUUACGGAGCCCCAGACAUGACAUUUGUGGCCACGAAAUGUUAAUUUGUGGCCACGAAAUGUUAUUAGGGACUUUAAGCAGUGACGUUAGAGGUCCGCUAAACAUUCCAUGGGGUUGCCGUAGUAGUGGCACAGAGGCGCUCUGCAUGCUACUAAAGAGGCUCACAUACCCAUGCCGUUAUAGCGACAUGAUGCAGCGAUUUGGGCAGCGACCAGUACCAGUCUUGUGCAUGGCAACAAAUUGCGUGCUAGAUUUAAUUUACAAUGUUCACCAUCGCAGAAUUACCGAGUGGAACAACACAAUUUUAAACCCAGUUGCUUUGCAAACAUAUGCUGACUGCAUACAACAAAUGGGCACACCACUGGACAACUGCUUUGGCUUCAUAGACGGCACAGUACGACCUAUCGCCAGACCAGGAAUGAACCAGCGGGUGAUGUACAAUGGCCACAAAAGAGUGCAUAGCUUGAAGUUCCAGGCAGUUGCCAUCCCAAAUGGCUUAAUUGCCCACCUACAUGGUCCAGUAGAGGGAAGGAAACAUGAUUCAGGGCUUUUAGCAGACUCUGGUUUACUACCUGUAAUGGAACAGCAUGCAGUGUCCCCAGCCGGCCAUCCAAUGUGCCUAUAUGGAGAUCCUGCAUAUCCACUGCGUGUCCACCUCCAGGCCCCAUUCAGAAAUGUCAAUCUCACUCCCCAGAUGAUGGCAUUCAACAAAUGCAUGAGUGAAGUGAGAGUGUCUGUAGAGUGGAUGUUUGGAGACAUCGCCAAUUAUUUUAAGUUCAUGGACUUUAAGAAAAAUUUAAAAAUUGGGUUGAGUAGCGUAGGCAAACUGUACAUUGUAUCUGCUUUAUUAAGAAAUGCACUCACUUGCCUGUAUGGUAAUCAGACAUCCACAUUUUUUAAAUUGGAUCCUCCACACAUUCUGGACUAUUUUUCAUGAGUUAUUUACUCUCUGUCGAGUGCAUAUGUUAACUAAGGCUAAAGCCUUAACCCACAAAUCCAUUGAAAUAAAUUACUAAAUUCUAUACACCUUUGACAUUUUUAUGGUAUUAGUGUGAAUAUAUAUAAUGAUAAUAUUGUAGUAUAAAAUUGUAUUUAAUUGUUAAUCAAGACAUGUUAUAGUAGCAAGACUAUAAGAUCUCACCUUAAUAAAGAGCAAUGUCCCGACAUGCAUGUAUAAUAUUUUGUUUUAUUA